AUGCGAUACUGGUUAAAGAAGCUGAGACACCAGGUGAUCACACUGUGGAUCAUCUUGCUCUUUGGGCUGAGCAUUGCCAGAGGAGAUGUUUCAACGGAUGGUAAAUGGUGCUACAUAAUUUUCUGGGUAAUUGCAAAGCCAACAACAAGGUGGAAUCUACUAAAGAAGAGACUGCUUGAGGUGUGCCCUACAUGUACUCCGGCCGCAUCGGGGAUUUACUAUUACAGGCCAGAAUUUCAACAGCCAAAGCCACCAGAUGUGUUCCUGUUGAAGUUUUGGUGUGACUAUGACCAGAAAGGCCUGCUUCAUGACGUUACCGAGGUUCUUUGUGAGCUAGAGCUUACGAUAAAGAGAGUGAAGGUAUCCACAGCACCAGAUGGGAGAGUAAUGGAUCUAUUCUUUGUCACAGACACCAGAUAUUAUAGUUGUUGGGUGAAAUUNCCUACGCCUCAAAUGGCCUCAGACGAGGUGAUUUCGCUAAAGUGUGCGCCUCGAGGAUUGAGCUCAAGUUUGCCCUAUAUGCUUUAA